UGAAAGCCUGGCUGUAUUUCCCAUACUUAAAGAUGUUGAAGCACGUUCACCUGAGCCCCUACCGGAGCUCGAUGAUGAGCCAUCACGCAGGAGGAGGAGGAGGAGGUGGUGGUGUUGGCAGCGGAGGCCGGAGCGACACGCUCAGCCUCAAUUCGACGAUGAGCUGCAGCUCGUUGAGCAACCAGGAUCCGCUCUCCAGCCGCUCCUCGUCCUACACCAGUUUGAACGAGUCGUCUCACAAUCUGCCCCAGCAUCCGCCGUCGCCGAUGACAACGGUGAAGAUCUACUGCCGAUGCCUGCGGCCCGACAUUGAAUACAAGACGUUGGUCAUCAACUACCAGACGAGCUGCAAGGAGUUGAUCAUGAUGCUGCUCAACAAGGCCAAGAUGAAGCACCGCGAUCCCAAACUCUUCUACCUCACCAUGGAGGUCGGCGUACGCAAAUCAGGGGCUCCGGUGAGAACUCUAUUGGUGUUGGAUGAUGACGCUUGCCCGGCAGAGCUCCAGGCUUGCUAUCCCAGAGGCGGAUCGAGAUUCUCCAUCCAGAUGAGACGAGGCGGACUCGUCCGAGUUCACGACAGCGUCCUCAUGCCAAAUUCUCAGUACAAAAGUUUGCUGAUAUCGGAGCGGACUACCAUCGAUGAUCUGAUUGAACUUUUGCUGCGUUGUCAUAGCAACAACGAGCGUAUCGAACGCUUUUCCAUCUACGAGGUUUGUAAUAUCCCUGGCUACGAGCACGAACGGAAAUUACAUCCCGACGAUUUGGCGCUGAAUGUUCAAACCGCAUGGAAGACGCGAUUUGAUUGCGGGAACAUUGCCAACAACAGCGCAGGCAUAGCGGCAUCAGCGCCCAACGCCAACAUGGCCACCAGCCCCCAAUCCUAUUUUUCUUUCGUGCUGAAGCGCAAUCCCGACAACAGCGCCCAAAUGGCCAGACGAAGGCUUCCAUGGAGUAAGAGUCUGGACAUUUCGACCAGUGAGAGUUCUUCAUCUGCCAGUUCAACUUCGGACGGAUCGGAAACGGCUCUCAUUCCACGCUCCUCCUCUUACCACGAUUACGAAAAUUACUUCUACAUUUGAAGCAACCAAAUUCGGAGAAGAAGAAGAAGAAUAAGCGACAGACAAAAAAUCUAGCUUUAUUACGUGUCGGUGUAAAUGUACAUAUUAAAUUGGGAUAUCGCAUGAUUCUACCAAUACUCAAGUCAAUGUUUGCUGACAAAACACAACCAUAAUCUCAAAGAUGAUGUUUAUAUAUGUGUAACUGGCACUCUAGCUAUAAUCAGCUCUACAAAACAACACACACACACACACCCUAUAUGUUAUUCGAUGUGCGUCCUCGCGCCCAAAAUUUUGUUGUUGAUGUGUUUUUUUUCCCUACUCGAUUUAUUCGCGUGUGAAAGAGAUACAAAACUCGAUUGGCUCUUACCGAUCAAUAAGUCAUGCAAGGUCUAGAUAAAUAUGCAAAGACACCGUUACAAAAAUAUCAACAGAAAAUAAAAAAUAAAACAACAGAAAAAAAAAACAGAAGAGUAUAAAUGUUUAUUAUAUAUGUCGUGCUGAGAAUUAAUAUGUGCGUGUUUAUGUGUCUAUAUUACAUCCUAUCAUCAACGCCAAUAUACAGAUAUAUUAUUCAUGUC